AUGCGAGAAGGAGGUGUUGUAAAGCAGAUGGGUAUGGAUGAAUAUCUCAAUUUGAAAAACUUAUCAUAUGAUGACUGUUGGUUAAUCUUUGCCCAACUUGCAUUUGAGAACAGAAAUAUCAUGGAAUGCUCAGAAUUGGUAUCAAUUGGUAAGAAUAUUGUUGAGAACAGGUGCAGAGGCUUACCCUUGGCAGCGAGGGCCCUUGGCAGCUUAUUAUGCUGUAAACAAGAAGAACAUGAAUGGAAAGAGAUACUAAACAGCAAUAUAUGGAAUGAGGAAAGUGGCAUUCUCACAGCAUUGAAAUUGAGCUACCUUAAUCUCCCUGUCCAUUUGAAGAGGUGCUUUUCCUACUGUGCAAUUAUCCCAAAGGACUACGAAUUCAUGGAGGAGGAAUUAGUCUUGCUAUGGAUGGCUGAAGGUUUAAUUGAGCAACCAAAAGGUGGAGAGCAAAUGGAAGAUUUAGGCUGCAAGUAUUUUCACGAAUUGGUGUCAAGAUCAUUUUUUCAACCAUCAUGUGGUAACAAAUUGAAAUUCAUAAUGCAUGACCUCAUCAAUGAUUUGGCUCAAGAUGUCGCAGGGGACAAAUGUUUUAGGUUGGAGAAUAAUUUGGAGUAUGGCAGGCAUAACAAAAUUUUUGAAAAAGCUCGUGUUACGAUGGAAUCAAAUAAUUUGAAGUUUUUGAUGAUGCCAAAUGCUUACGAACAUUCUUACAGUUUUUGCCACAACGUUUUCACUUCCGUGGAUGAACUACCAGAUUCCAUUGGAGAUCUAAAGCAUUUGCGGUAUCUUGAUGUAUCCGGUUCUAGGAUUACAAGGUUACCUGACACAGUGAUAACUCUCUACAAUUUACAGGUCUUGUUUUUGAAAUUUUGUCAUCAACUUCAGAAGUUGCCUCUAAACAUGGGAAGGCUAGUGAACUUGCGCCAUUUCGACAUGACUGGCGUGCAUAUUCCAUCAUCAGAAGAGAUGUCACUACAUAUAGGUAAAUUAAUUAAUCUCCAAACAUUGUCAAAUUUUAUGGUGGGUAAAGAUUGUGGGCGUAAAAUAGGAGAGUUAAAAAACCUAUCACACAUUCGAGGGGCAAUACACAUAUCAAGACUAGAGAAUGUCAGUGGUGUUAAGGAUGCAAGGGAUGCCAAUUUAAUAUCUAAGGAGGAGUUAAAAGAGUUAUCACUAGAAUAG